CAAACGGAAUGACGACAAACGAGAUCACGAUGCCGGUGUCAACUGUUAGCUAUUCCAAUAGCUCUGUAACUGUUUGUGAUGGCAACAACACGGUGAUCAAAUGUAUCUGCUUGACUGCAUUCACUGAUGACCAAUUAUACAGGAGAUUAUACUGGCUGAGAGCCCUUCUCCGAGUGGAUAAAAAGACAACAUCAGCUGCUCUCCGCUUACGGACAAGUGCUUCUGAUGACCGGAUAAGUGCUAAGGCCAUUGGCGGAUUCGGAGUAGCGAUACUGUUUAUACUGAUCAUGGGUAUCGUUUUACCGGAUAUCAUUGACCUUUUCUCGUUUGUGUACAAAUCAUAUACGGGAUCAAAAACUGCAUCACGUAACAUUGCUUGACAUGUGUCUGAAUCAGUACAAGAACUGUUGUCAACAUUCAAACACACGCCUUACUUGUUUUUUUGUUUUCUUUCUUCUGCCCACAUGUAUAAGUAUGUUAAUAUGUUAUAAUACCAGUCUAUCUGUAAUAAGUAAUGACUGAAGAUGUCAGCUCGAUUUGAUAUACAGAGUAUAUGUAAAAGAUACAGAUAUCACUCUAUAACACUUUAGGGAGUGUACAUAUUAGUCAUAAAGAUGUAGGAAAUGUAAGUGUAUGCUUGGUCUUUAUAAAGUCCGUCACGACGACGGUGCCACCAUACAUGUAUACAUUACAACAGUGAGUUAGUGUCAAAUAAAUACUGUACGUUGGGUUUGGAAAACCAAUACAUGUACAUAUUUUUAUUUGUAUUCCAAAGGGACACUGCUUCUCUUGCCGUUUUCAAAUUUUAAAGACAACACAAAACAAGAAAUAUCUUUAAAAAAGAUAAACGGCAUAGUUUUA